GUGUGUAAUCAUCUUUAUUUGUUUCCCGCAACAGAAGUGCUUUUUCUUCCUUUGUUUUGUUGUUUUACUUUCACUUCUUCUAUUACUUCAAUUGGUAUCAGAGCCUUACACAAUGAAUGGCUCGAAUCAAAUUUCAAUUCCUAUCUUGGAUGGGAAGAACUACAACAAGUGGAAUGUCCAAAUGAGGGUGCUUUUCAAUUACCACGAGUUGUUAGGUGUGGUGGAGAUUGGAGUUGCUGAACUUGCAGAAAAUGCAAAUGAUGCCCAAAAGCAUGCCCAUCAUGAGAGCAAGAAAAAGGAUAAGAAGGUAUUAUAUUUCAUCCAUCAAAGGGUGAAUGAUGAAGUGUUUGAGAAGAUUGAAGAUGCAACUACAUCAAAGCAAGCAUGGGAUAUCUCGAUGACAACGUACAAAGGUGUGGAGAAAGUUAAGAAGUUACUUGCUCAAGAGAAUAUGGUGAAAGGCUUGCCUAGCAUAAAUCAUCCAAGACAAUUGCGUGAAGCUUGUACUCUUGGAAAACACAACAGGUUACCAUUUGUAGUUGGAAAGAAUUGGCAUGCACGAAAGGCAUUGGAACUUGUUCAUUCUGAUGUCUAUGGCCCAAUGAGUGUUACAUCAAUUGGUGACAAUAGGUCUCCAACAAGAAGUCUUCAAAAUAUUACUCCUGUAGAAGCAUGGAGUGGUUUCAAGCCAAGUGUGAAGCAUCUUAAGGUGUUUGGCUUUAUUGCGUUUACUCAUGUGUUGGCAAAAACAAGGACAAAGCUAGAUGACCAUGGAGAGAAGACCAUCUUUGUUGGCUAUACUUGUGGAGGACACAAGCUAUUCAAACUUGUGACUAAAAAAGUGAUUGUAAGUAAGGAUGUGACUUUCACUGCAGAUGAAGCUGGGAGGUGGGAUUUGGAUACAAACAAUGACUCCCAAAGGCACUCUGUCACUAUUCUUGAAGAAGAUUCUCAAGUUAUAGCAACCACUACUAAUGAAGAAGCUGUUGCACCAAGUUCUAUUGCACCAAGCAACAACACCAAAAUGAUUGAAGACUUCAAGAAGUCUAUGAUGCAUGAAUUCAAGAUGACAAACCUUUAUUUAAUGUCUUACUUUCUGGGUAUAAAAGUGAUGCAAAGAGAAGAUGGGAUCUUUACCUAUCAAAAGAGGUAUACUUCUAAACUAUUGAAGAGGUUUCAUAUGCAGAAUUGCAAUCCAGCAAGAAAUCCUGUGGAGGUUGGAACUAAGUUGUUCAAGGAAGGUGAUGAAGCACAUGUUAAUCGCACUUUCUUCAUGCAACUUGUUAUUCUGACAAUGACUGGGGUGAUUGAGUUAAAGUAUUGCAAGUUUGAGAAACAAGUUGCUGAUAUCCUCACUAAACCUUUGAAGUAUGAAGCCUUUGUCAAGUUGAAAGGUAUGAUGGGAAUAUCUGCCCUAUCGAAUCAAGAUUAAGGUGGGGAUGUUGGAUUUAAUCUCGAUUCUAAAGCAAAUUGUUUUGAAUGAGUCCUAGUUAGUGGAUUUUUUGCGUCCUACUAUUGUGGCUACUGAUAACCACAUUUCCUUGUUUUUAGGUUUCAGUUUGUAGUGGCUAGAAAAUAGGAGUUUUUGCUUUGUCCAUCUAUUAUAAGUAGGCAGUUGUUAUUCAAUUUAAUAUGUGUAAUCAUCUUUUUUUGAUUCUAGCAAUAGAAGUGCUUUUUCUUC